CUCUUGUGGUGUCCUGCGCAGGGCCAGGAGUUGGACUCUGAUCCUGAUGGAUCCCUUCCAACUCAACAUAUUCCAAGCGGCUGCUCAGGGUUUCCCGCUGCACUCUGACCACUUCUGGAGCCAUUUGUUGUCUUGGGAUGGUCAGGGCCAGUCCCCUGGGACAGGGUGAGCCGGGGGGUGCAGCUGUCUCUCCAGACCUGCAUUUCCCUACCAGGUGCAGGGCAGGUGUAGGUGCUACCUGGAGCUUUAGCUUGAGGUGUGCUACCUUCAUUGCUCAUUACAAAGAAGUGUUAGUACAGGGAGAGGCCACACAACGUAUCUUUGUGAAGGAGCCACUGGCACAUGAGAGCAAAUAAUGAGAAUCUUCUGCAAUACCUCAGUAAGUUGUUUCUGCAAGUAACAUUUUCUCUUUAACAUUGGUAUCAAGCCAUGCAUUUAUGUUAUUUCAGCAGCUUUCUCAGGUUGGAGCCUGAUAGAGAAGUUCAUCAUAUGUGGCACACAGAACUGUAGCUGAGACCAAGGAGUGAAGCUCCUACUCAGAGCACAGAACUGUAACUACUUCUGCAGUUCUUUGGCUGUAUGUUAUGUUGGCUCCCACAGAACAGCAUCUGGUCUAAGAUCUCUGGCAAGGUUUGCAAUGCCUUCCAUAAAAUGCCCCAUGGUUUCUUGAAAAAUGCUUUCUCCACGUCUGCAGCAGUAUUACCUUUCAGCAUAGCCUGCCCCUGGAUCAGCAAAACUGUUUCCUGUGGUAGGAAAUUUAUGUACAAGGGAUUAUAGACUGUAACAAAUGCUGCACCCAGAGUUAAGAGUGUGUGCUAAGGAUUGUUGCUUCUUCAGGCUUCUUGCAGUGGCCCUCAGACUUACCAGUUACCAUGUUCUGAUACAUUCAGAAAAGACUUUAUGCAAAUCUGUGAUGGCUUUCAGUCACAGGGAGGGCAAGAGUUAUUUCUGGCUUUCUAACAGUGCUUGUUCAAUGAGUGCAGUGCUGAGCCCAACGUAAAUCACAGGGAGCAAAACAGAAACAUAAAGAGCUGAGAAUAUCUGAGCUAUGUUGGUACUGAAGAGUUAACAUGAAGAAAACUUUUUUCCCCCCCUGGUUCUGCUCUGAUCUCUGUGUUUUUGGUCAAGUAGCAGGGUUUUGUGGUGGGUUUUUUUAGGUAGUGGAUGACAGUUAACAUCAGGAUUUUUUCAUUGAUUCUUUAGCUCUGUCAACUUCCUUGGAUAUUGGGCUGAGUAACUGGAGCUUCCUGUAUGUCACUGUCUCCCUCUACACGAUGACCAAAUCCUCUGCUAUUCUCUUCAUCCUGCUUUUUUCACUGCUCUUCAAGCUGGAGGAAAUGAGAGUGACGUUGCUCCUGGUGGUUCUGCUCAUUGCUGGGGGACUCUUCAUGUUCACCUACAAGUCCACCCAGUUCAACGCACAGGGGUUCAUCCUGGUGCUCUGUGCCUCUUUCCUUGGGGGCAUCCGCUGGACUCUCACACAGAUACUUAUGCAGAAGGCUGAGCUGGGGCUCCAGAAUCCCAUUGAUAUCAUGUUUCACCUGCAGCCGCUCAUGUUCCUGGGGCUCUUCCCACUCUUUGCGGUGUUUGAGGGCCUGCCUUUGUCCAUAUCAGAGAAGCUCUUCCGUUUCCAUGAAGCAGGAAUGCUGUUCUCUCUGGUAGGGAAGCUGUUCUUGGGUGGAAUUCUUGCCUUUGGUCUAGGCUUUUCUGAGUUCCUCUUGGUUUCCAGAACAUCUAGCCUCACCCUUUCCAUUGCUGGCAUUUUUAAGGAAAUCUGCAUUUUAUUCCUCGCCACACAUUUGCUGGGAGACCGCCUCAGUCUCUUGAACUGGCUGGGCUUUGCUGUCUGCCUGUCGGGAAUCUCCCUUCAUGUCGUUCUCAAAGCCGUGAAUUCCAAAGGUGACAAAACACUGGAGCCACACAAAGAGGCCAACUCUGACCCUGACCUGGAGCUGCUGCUGCACCACACUGAACAUGGGGACAAGGAGGAAGAGGAUGUUGAAACCCCACAACAAUGACUGAACAUGAAGCACAAAGUCUCUUGCUCUGUUCUUACCAAACCUACCUGAUAUCUAUCUAGGAGGAAAGUCCAAAAGUCUCUGUGACCACCCAAAGGAGAGCCAGGGCCUAGUGAGAGAAUUCUGCUGCUCUGCUACAGUGUGAAUCUGUAAAUGCUGCACAAGAAACAGGCAAAAUUCCUUUCACAGGAACUUUGAAGACAAGCCCUGGUUCAGUGGACGUGGAACAGCCCAUGAGACACAGAAAUGCUCCAGCAAGUCUGUUAGGGGAUCCUGAAGGCUGAAUACUGUAGACCAUGGGCUGUAGAAUGAGUGUGGACAUACCUGGACUGCAGGCUGAGUGGUUCAGGGAUGAUUUUACUGUUUUAGGCUUUGGCUUCAAAAGAGAAGGUAGAUAUACCUUCCCCCCCCUUUUUUUUUUUUUUAAAUGUUUCUACAAAGUAGGAACUUCCAUCCUGGUGGGAGCAGAUGACUGUAUAAAUCCUUAGGGUUGUCCCAGUGAGAAGGACCCUUUGUGCCUGGUGACCUCCAUGUUCUGUGUGCAUAGUAAGGAGAGAAUUAAAUGCUGGUAUUUGGGACCAAUUGAACCUGCCAAGUGAUGUUGGUUGGAGGCAGGAUGGGGAUGCAGGAGUACCUGUGGUGCUACAGGCCAAGGGGAGAGAGAGCUGUGUCACAGGAGGCCUAACCUGAGCAAUAAGCUUAUCAGAAAGUAUGUGGGGUUUUGAGAGGGGGAUUUUUUGUUUUAUAAAUAAACUGUUUUUCUGAUU